AGCACUCUGUGACAGACAUCUCUACAACACCUGUGUGAAAGCCUGAGGAGAAAAAGAUGAAACUUGUCUUCCAAACCACGAUUGGGCUGCUGGCGCUGUGUCUCGCAACAUGCUCUGUAAGGUGGUGCACAAUAUCCAACCCUGAGCAAACAAAAUGUGAGGAACUGCAAACGUGUUUGGGAGGGGAUGCAAUGACGUGUGUCAGGAAGACUAGUUUCCAUGACUGCAUAGAAGCCAUUGCAAACUCUGAAGCAGAUGCUAUCACCCUAGAUGGUGGCCUUGUUUAUGAGGCAGGCUUGGCCCCUUAUAAUCUGAACCCUAUUGCAGCGGAGGUAUAUGGAAAAGAAUGUGCUACCCGUUACUAUGCUGUGGCUGUUGUGAAGAAAGGAACACAUUUCUCUUCACUUUGUGAUCUCAGAGGGAAGAAAUCUUGCCACACUGGCAUUGGCAGAUCAGCUGGAUGGAACAUACCAGUAGGAAGACUGCUGGAAAAAAAUUGUACAAAUUGGGCUGGAGCAGAAAUAGAGCCUAUAGAGAGAGCGGUAGCUGAGUUUUUCUCUUUCAGCUGUGUCCCUGGGGCUCAAACCGAGCAGCAAUCUCUGUGCCAUUUAUGUAAAAAGCCAGACUGUCUCGCCUCUGAUCCCUACGCUGGCUAUGCUGGAGCUUUACAAUGUCUGAUAGAUGGCGUUGGAGACGUGGCCUUCGUGAAAGACGCAACUGUACUAAGCCUCCCUGAAGAAGAAAGGAAAAAAUAUGAGCUGCUUUGUGAUGAUGGCUCUACAAGGCCACUGGAGCAGUAUGCCAAUUGUCACCUGGCUAGUGUUCCUGCUCAUGCUGUGGUGGCACGAAGUGUUAAUGGUCGGACUGAUGAGAUCUGGAAUUUGAUCUCUACAUUACAGGAUCGGUAUCCCAAGGGCACUACAGGACAAUGUCAAUUUUUUGGCUCCUCUCAUGGGAAAGAUCUCCUAAUUAAGGACUCUGCUGAGAAAUUAAUCCGUCUUCCUUCAAAACUAGAUAGUCAUCUCUACCUGGGCCCCAAGUAUUAUGCUGCUAUGCAGAAUAUCAGAAGAGCGACAGCUGCUGCUGGUACAGGAAACAAGGUCCGCUGGUGCACCGUGGGCAGGGAUGAGAAGGAAAAGUGUGACACCUGGAGUGCAGUGAGUGGAGGCGCCAUCGAGUGUGCUGUGGCUGAAAGUCCAGAAGAUGCCAUUGUCAAGAUUCUAAAAAAUGAAGCUGAUGCUGUGAGUUUAGAUGGAGGCCUCGUCUUUGUUGCAGGAAAAUGUGGCUUGGUACCAGUGGCACGAGAAAUCACCAAAGACACGGACAUUGAAGCAUGCCGUACUGAAGGAGCACAAGUUCAUGGUGCCUAUGUUGCUGUAGCUGUUGUCAAGAAAAGUAAUCGUGACAUCACAUGGAAGACCCUGCAAGGAAAGAAGUCCUGCCAUACUGCCCGGGGUAGAACUGCUGGCUGGAAUAUACCCAUGGGCUUGAUUGCCAAUGAGACUGGAAUUUCUGAUUUGGAUAACUAUUUCAGCGAAGGUUGUGCCCCAGGGUCACCUGCUGAAUCUCCACUCUGCAGGCUCUGUGUCGGCAGUGGCACCACCCCACCGGUACAUAAGUGUGCGCCUAACAGCCAGGAACUGUACAAUGGCUAUUCUGGUGCUUUUCGGUGUUUAGUAGAGAAAGGAGAUGUAGCCUUCGUUAAAAUGUCCACACCACAGGAGAACACUGAUGGAAACAACCAAGCUGACUGGGCACGCAAUCUGAAGAGUGAGGACUUUGAGCUCCUGUGCCGCAAUGGUGACCGUCGGCCAAUUUCCGAAUACGAAAAUUGCAAUUUGGGUGCAGCUCCUCCUCAUGGAGUAGUAACACGCCCUGACAAGGCAGCCGUUGUCAGCCGUAUGCUAGACAACCAAGAGUCUCUUUAUGGAGUCAAGGGAUCAGAAAAAGAUAUAUUCCAGCUCUUCGAGUCUACUACUGAUCCCGCGAAGAAAGAUCUUCUGUUCAAGGAGGGAACCAUCUGUCUUGGCAAAGUCAAAAAGGGAACAACCUACAAAGAGUUUCUUGGCACAGACUAUGUGGCUGCUAUGAAUUCAAUCAGCAAGAUCUCACCUUCAGCCCUUGUUGAGGCCUGCAGCUUCCAUAAGAAUGCCUGCCGCUCCUUGCAAUGAAAAAA